GCAGACAUUGUCCUCUGGUUGAUUUGUCACGCCGGCGCCGAUGACAUCAACGAAGCCGUCCACCUUGGCAGCUGUAUUUCUGCCAUGGGUUACCUCUUCAGCAUUGACGAUCAUAUGAUGGUGGUGAAAAACGACAGCCACACCUACUACCGUUUUCAGACACCCUGUCUCUAUCCGAGUCGCUGCCCGGAGGCUGACACCGUGGACUACGCGGUCUAUCUCUGUAAACGCACAAUGCAGAACAAGCAUCGUCUCGAGCUGUCCGCUUUUGAGGCAGAGCGACUGGCCAGUCUACAGAAUCUAUACUACCAUAAAUGGGAAUUCAUCUACAUGCAGGUGUGUUUGCGCAUUGACUGCCAUUUUUAUCCACCCUCGUCCAGCCUUGCCGCUUAA